AAUGCACGAGGUGGCAUCACGAACGAAGUCGAGUACUCGUACCCAAGACUCGCUCGCUCUCUCUCUUUCUCACUGUCUUGUUGGGCAGGCUAUUCGGUGCGACUUCUCCCUUCCGCUCCCUGUGCGCAGAGGAAGCCUGCUGCUCCUGCUGAGACGGAGACCGCUUGCUGGACUGAGCAGCGUGAAUAGAAGGGCAAUUGGGAGUUUGAAAAUUAGGGGAGGAUGCUAACGUCAGCGGCACCAUUUGGAGUUGUUCGAUGCAGCAUUCUGAGGGGCAGUGAGGGAGUCGCUGCUGAGAGGGGCUUCCCUUCCUUCUUGCCCACAGAGGUUGAGAAGAUCCAGGAUCGGACCACACGGGACAUGGCUAAGAGGAUUGAGAGAGUUCCAGUCAAGACUAGCUUCUCCAAGAAUUACAUAUUGAGUAGUUGUGUAAAACCAUUGCAAAAGACUGAAGAGAAGCCAACUGUGCUUCUCCAUGGAUUUGACAGUUGCAGCUCUUGCUUAGAAUGGCGAUACACCUUUCCUUUAUUGGAGGGUGCUGGAUUGGAGACAUGGGCAUUAGAUGUUCUUGGAUGGGGAUUCUCUGAUCUAGAACAACUUCCACCCUGUGAUGUGGUCUCCAAGCGCGAGCACUUAUAUCAGUUUUGGAGAUCACACAUCAAAAGGCCCAUGGUGUUAGUUGGCCCAAGCCUUGGUGCUGCCAUUGCCAUUGAUUUGGCAGUCUCCCACCCUGAAGCAGUAUCAGAAUUGGUAUUGAUUGAUGCAAGUGUAUAUGCAAAAGGUACAGGUUGGCUUUCCAAACUACCAAGGUUUGCAGCCUAUGCUGGGGUUUCCAUAUUGAAGAGUCUACCUCUGAGGUUUGUCGUUGGCCUGGGAACAUUCAAUAGCGGCUCGAUCUUCUCCAUUUAUGAUAGAACUAUUGUGGGAAGCCUGCAUUGUUUACUUCCUUGGUGGGAAGAUGCAACUGUGGAUUUUAUGCUUAGUGGGGGUUACAAUGUCAUUUCUCAGAUUAAUCAGGUUACACAGAAGACACUUAUUAUCUGGGGAGAGGAUGACCGGAUAAUUAGUACUGAGUUUGCACAGAGGUUGCAUCAGGAAAUAGCGAAUUCGGAUUUUAAGAUGAUUCCAGUUUGUGGGCACAGUCCUCAUGUGGAGAAGCCAGAAGAGACAGCCAGGUUGAUUGGGGACUUUGUGCAGAAAAAAAGGGUUUCCAAUAAAGUCAAUUUCAAGAGGAGUUCCAUGAGUUGUUUUCACAAAGGAAUAUGAAUUAUUUGUGGUGCAUUCAGUGAAGAAGGAUCUACAAGGAGUCAUAUGAAAGGAUGCACUCGAAUCAAUAAUCUAAGAAGACUUACUUGAUGAAGUAGACGUAACAAUAGCUCCCAAUGUUGAAGGUGUACCUCCUCCCUUAAGCAAUGGUUGAAUGGCUUCAAUAGUUUUGGUUGGAGAGCACUUGUGAGUUGAUUAAGAUGAACGGAAUUUGAUUCUUUCUUUUUUUCUUGGAUGGAAGCAGCCGCAUUGCUUCUUUUGUCAACACUUCUUAGCUUUGGACAUUUGGGUUUAAUAUGUUCUUCUUGACAAUGGUAACAAAUAAUCCUUCUUUUUCCUCCUUCAUUUGAUCAGUUGACAUGUGGAGGUCGAUAAGGCUUUAAGUAGGCCCCCGGCCUAGAUGUAGCAAGGACAUUGCUUGUUUUUUCA